AGACAUUUGAUAAAAUCAGGAACUUCAAAUACAACUUGGAAAGAAGUUCACCUCAGAACCUAUUAGGGCAAACUAUGAAAACUUGUUAGGGUUAUUCUCCUAUCCUGAGAUCCACUACUGCAAAGGGACUUCACGGAGUCCAAGGAUCUCACUUUUGUUCUUUUUUUUUUUUUCUUUUUUCUCUUCAUUGUUUUUGUUUGUUUCAUGUGAUUUUUCAAGUCAGUUAUUCUGGAUGUUUGAAAACUGAAUUAAGAAAAAUUCACUCUGAAAUUGGCUGAAUGUUGCAAGCUUGCAAAAUGGAAGGAUUUCCCCUCAUUCCCCCUCCCUCUGAAGAUAUGGUGUCUUAUGAGUCAGACCUCUACCGACAGCCCCAUGACUAUUACCAAUAUCUCAACAGUGAUGGAGACAGUCAUGGUGAUCAUUACUGGGAAUAUCAUCCACACCACGUGCACAGUGAGUUUGAGACCUUUGGUGAUAACCACUUUACAGAACUGCAGAGCGUACAGCCUCCCCAACUGCAGCAGCUCUACAGGCACAUGGAGAUCGAACAAAUGCACGUCUUGGAUUCUGCAAUCCCAACCACACAUAUUGGACUCAACCAUCAGGCUGAACAACCCCAGUUCCUUCAGCCUGUCUUCACAGGAGAGAUGCUUCAGCCCUUGGAUCUUCAUGGCCCUCCUCUGGACCCUCUCCAAAAGCUCCACAUCUUUCCUGCGCUGGGGGCCCCAGACUUGGACACAGUACUCAAUCUGGGGCCUCAUGUGGGCAGAGUAGGGGGGAACAAUCACCUCCCUGGCCCUGCUGGCCACCCAUCUUCUGAUGGAACCCAGGAUACCACUGGCCUUCCAGACUGCAAGCGCACACUGCUGUCUCAUGUUUCCUAUUUGCCUCGGAUGUGCCUACAGUACUCCUCUCCACCACAGCCCAGUUCUGAUGAGGAGGACAUUGAGAGGCAGAGCCCACCACUGGAGGUAUCAGAUGGGGAGACUGAUGGUGUGGACCCUGGGCCUGGAAUCAUGCAUGGUGAAACAGGCAGCAAGAAAAAGAUACGUCUGUAUCAGUUCCUUCUGGACCUUCUUCGCAGUGGAGACAUGAAGGACAGCAUCUGGUGGGUAGAUAAAGAAAAAGGUACUUUCCAGUUCUCCUCCAAACACAAAGAAGCAUUGGCACAUCGCUGGGGCAUACAGAAAGGCAAUCGCAAGAAAAUGACCUACCAGAAGAUGGCACGGGCUUUGAGAAACUACGGCAAGACAGGGGAAGUCAAGAAGGUCAAGAAGAAGCUGACCUACCAGUUUAGUGGAGAGGUGAUGGGAAGGGGGGUCGCUGAUAGGAAGCAUUAUCCUCACUGAGGCCACGGGACCCUAAGCAAGAAAAAUAUUAAGACCUCCUGGUUGAAAACCAGCAGAGGAGAUGGACGCGUCUUUCUCUUUGCUUCCUGUGCCCCCUUCUCUGCCUCUAAAGGGCCUUUACCAUCAGAUGUUUCUGGUACGAAUUCCCUUUUUCAGCAUCUGAGAAUCCUAAACAUGACAGAAUUCUUUGCUUCCAUCCUACAAAUUGGACAGAGUUGGGAAAUAUAAGCGAUGUACAAAUAUAUUAUUGUCGUCAAAGAUUUUUUUGAUUGUAUUGUAACUAAAGAAUACAGCUGAUGAAGUUUUGCCUUCAAGGGUGGUGCUGUGUCACUCACAGUGACACUGCAUUAGCUUACAGCUUUCAAACUAGCAUUAAUACAGGCUCUGCCGCAGCUCUCAAAGCUAGAGAGAAGUUUGCAGAUCUGAGAAUGAUACUGGUUCUUUUAAAUAGUAAUAACAUGUACAUAUUUAAUAAAAUUUGAUAUAAUUAAGUCCUAGUGUUUGCAUAAUAAAUGAUUACGUCACAAACAAAUCUCAUGUGCAUUCAAUCAUGCAGAUACAGCUCACAUUUGGUACCUGAACAUAAAGCACACCGGGCUACAGGGCUUUUUCCCUUUGCCCCUACUUUUACUUUAAAAUAUCAUCAAUGCUAUCAAAUUAAGUACCAAAGAUAACAGGUGACAUUCAUUACUGUGAAAGAAGCUACAGUACUAAAUUCAAUUUUAGAAUAUAUAGAUUUUUUUUUACUUUUUAUUUUUCCCUGUGCAAAUGAAGCCCUGCCAAUUGAAUAACUUCUAUUCACUUAUACCAAGAAUGGCAUUUAUAGCUCUAUCUGGUUUAGAACAUAAGAAUUAACUAUGUUCUACUGUGGUUUCAGUCAUUUUCCUGCUCUUGUUCUUUCCUAUUGCUUGCUUAUCCACAGUGGUAUCUUGACUUUGGCUUAUGAACCUUUCUGGAAAAUGAGUUGUCUUUAAUCAUGUUUUUGCAGAUUUCUGCUUCAAGAGGUUUUUAAGCUUCUAAUUGUGGAAUUUAAUCCCUAUUGUAAAACAAUAGUAACUAAUAACAAUUGCAUUGUACAAAUUACACUCAAAAUGCAAAAUAAAAGAGAAUUCAACACCUGA